UGCCAGCGUCGCUGAUUGGUCGGUGGUUUAAAUGGUGAAGCACCCGCUUCUCUUUGAAUACUUUUGCGCCUUCUCUCGACAAUCUCGAAACGUUGAGGCGAUGGUAGGGCGACUUUUCUGAGCGCUGGAUGUCUUUUUUAUGUUUUUAAAAACCUCCAAAAAAGUAGGUGACUCCCGACGAAGACUGGCUUUUCAUAAACGGGACGGAAAAACAUUUUGUAUGUGCGGACGCCAACAUGAAGUGCCCAAAGUAUGACUUAGCCAAAGCCAAGAGGAACAUGGAACGAGGCUCCCCGGAGAAGCCCUUGGCUCUCCAUGUGAAAGAUUCUCCCAUCAAGGACCCCCUCCCCCUCAAGCCCCUUGCUCAGAGGGUGUCCACGGUGUUGUUCCCCAACAGCCUCGUAGCCGCCCGUGACAAAGAGAACCGAACCCUAAAGGUGGACGAGAGGACAUUCGACGAGGCGUUCAAUGACAGCGGCUACUUGUCCUUGCACAAUAGUCGUAUUGAUGAUGAUGACAAUCACGGUCAGGGCAAAAACCCUCACAUCCCAUUCCCGUUCCCCCCUCUGUGUGUGACACCAAAACUGUCCCCUCCAUGUCAAGAGGGUACAGUUUCAGACUGCCUUGUGAGCCUCGGGGCUUCUUCCAUACCCGUGGACCGCUGCAGGCGCAACCCACACGUGUUGGCUUUGUCAUCCACCCCCGCUGAGCAACACUGCGAACCCAACCUCCCAAUCAGGAAGUUCCAGCAAGCAGUGUGUCAAGAGCUCUCCAAGAGUUACAGCAAGAAUAAGAGGUACGACUGGAGCGUCGUCUCUGAGGUGGCCAAGGAUUAUCAGCUGCACCAGGUGAUCGGCGGCGGCAUGGGCAGCGACUUUGUCGACGUGUUCGCGUCUCUCCUGUCCAAGAACAUGAGAAACAUCCUGGCCAACAUCCUGGCCCUUCUGGGAGACAUGGACCUCAUCAGUUGCAAGAAGGUGAGCAGGACGUGGAGGAAGAUCGUACGCGAGGACGGCGCCGCGCUGAGAAGGUGCCGGCAAGCCGAAAAGACGCUUCAGGAGUCAUUAAGCUACGCGAAGGUCAAGACUUGCGAUCUGACGAGAAAUGCGGCGGGGUCCCGGGUGGUGAUGUCGUGCAUCCAGAAAGUGGCCUCGCCGCGCCCUCCGUCGUCGUCGUCGUCCGCUUCGACGGGCGGCGGCGUCAACAGACGGGCUGCCGCUCCCGCGCAGAAACACGACGGAAAAUCUCAGUCUCGCUUUAAUGAGUACAGGCAGGCCGCCGGCACCCUGAAGCAGGACGAGUCCCUGCGCCGGUGCAGGGAGUGCGGCUCGCCCGCCACCCACUCCGACAAGUCCCAGCGGGCCACGUGCACGCGGCCCAGCUGCAAAUUUGACUUCUGCACCCUCUGCCAGGAGGCCUUCCACGGCUCCGCCCCGUGCCGGGUGGCGUGCUGCACCACCCGCUUGCCCGCCCCGCGCAGCUCUUACUCCGUCCUUCCCGGCAGCGCGCGCAGCAAGAGAAACGUAAGGAGGUUGUGAUGGUUGGCGUGCGGCUUGUUUUUUUUUUUUUUUUUUACCUUGUUCCGUAUUGUUGCCAAAGAGGCGGGAUUUCAGAGGGACUGUUCCAAAUAUACCUCCGCAAUCAGCCCGACUGAAUUAACUGAAGCACUUGCUCUCCAAAGCGUCCUGGAAAGUCAUCCGAUCGGGGCUCAGUGUUGUGGUCCGUGAGGACCCCAAAAGUAGACUUAAAAAAAAAAAAAAAAAAAUGCUGACACUUUAAAGUUGUACAUUUUAAGCAUGUUUUAAAGGGGUUGUAAAUAGCCUUUUAAAUAUAUGCGGUAUUUUUGUUUUAAAUAAAUGUAAGUUCUCUGUGAAAACGUUGUGCAUAUUUACUGUACUGUUUGUAUUGAUAUUUUCUGUCAAAUAGAUGUUUUGUAAAACCUC